CAGAGAGAGGAGAGGAAGAACCUAAUCGGGUUUGCAGCUGAUACACUGUUCAUAUUGUUCAAUCAUAGGAUUCGUAGCUUUCUACAAUAGGAUUCGUAGAAGGAGAGAUACGUGUGGGAAACGAUAGAGAUCUGAAGAAGGCCACUGAAUAUUGUGCUUGAGAAAGUUGAGGACCAUUUUGAGAAGUUGUCGGUCGAUUUUGGCAUAAAGUUUUCAGGAGAAGAACGAACUAAGUUUUCAGUCGAUUUUGGCAUAAAGUUUCUGGCAAACGAAGGUGAGGACUUGAAGUAAGUAUUUUUGCCAAAACCAAAGUUUUGAGAAGUCUAGAAGGCCUGUUGCAUUUGUGCUAGGAGGGGGCACAAAACACAGAAGAUCUGUUCACAUAUAGCAUUGCCUAUUUGAGUGUUGGGUAGCAAGAGAGCAUCAUCAAAUGGAAGAACCAACCCAAAUCUCAAAUCAUACUCCAAACUCAGUUAAAACUCCCCAUCAUCUUCAAUCAAAUACCAAAAAGAGAACACUCGACAGUGAUGCCCGAAACUCCACCUCCAAGAUUCGUGCUCUCCUCAGAGACAUUCGUCCCAAUGUUCUUGAGGUUCUCCGGACCCCUGACUUCCAAAAGUGCAAGGCGGCCAACGAAAUUCAAGAACAGGUGAAAGUUCUGAUGGAACUAUACAAACAGAUGACACCAGAAGCGCUUACUGCACCAAAAUGUAACAAUGUGCCAGAAGGGCAGCUUUCAUCUGGUGCAUUAUUAGAAGAUGAGCUUCCUUCAGGUGUAGCUGGUGAGAAGCAACAGGCUGAAGAUGGUCAAAAUAGAGGAACUUGUGUUGUUGGAGGAUCAGCUUUUGGCUGGAACUUCAUCACCUUUUCCAGCAUGGGACCACUCUAUUAUGGUAUGACAAAGGAGUUGUUUCGAGCUCAAGCAGCAAAGCUGACAACUAUAUAAUCCUACCGGACUAUGGGCUGUUGAAUGGACUUAAAUCAUUGGCUAUUUAUGCUAGAAGAAAUUCCUGAAGCGUACCCCACCAUAUUAGUAUAAGGGGACUUCAGUUGAUGAUUUGAUCAAUUGCAUCGGGUGAGCUUUUCAUUAAGAAAAGUUGUUUGAACUUGGCACUCCCCCUAUAUGUCAAAAGGGGAUAACCCAAUGAGAAUGUUGUAAAACUCUGAUUUGUAUUGCUGCUAUUUAUGGGAGGCCCUCUACAGUAUACCUUACUUCU